CCUACAUCUGGAUAGUGUGUUACUGUGUGUGUGUGUGUGUGUGUGUGUGUGUGUGAGCAGGUGCGUCUAUCUACAUCUGGAUAGUGUGUUACUGUGUGUGUGUGUGUGUGUGUGAGCAGGUGUGUGUGUGUAUCUGCAUCAUCAGUGUGUUAUUCUCCACCAUGAACGGAGUGUUGGGACUCCUGCUGCUCCUGCUGUCAGCUGCAUCUACUUACGGGCUGUCUGAGUCUGUGUGUGAUGCUACUCAGGAUGCUAGUGUGUGUUAUGGGGCUCUGGGAGGACCUGUGAUGCUGCAGCUGAUGAGGAACACCACAGGAUAUUACCUGGAGUUUACUAAUGAAAAAGGCUACACUGUUUUUUAUAUUAUUGGAGGAACAGUGGAGACCUACAGCCGGUUCCCCCCGGGGAAGUGGCAGGUUGUAGCUGCUAUCGGGACCCUGAUCAUCAACCCUGCAGAGAGGAGCGACUCAGGAACAUACACAGUGAUGAUCUACACAGACUCAUGGACAUUAGUGGGGGAGCACACAGUCAACCUGCUGAUUAAAGGGCUAUCUGAGUCUGUGUGUGAUGCUACUCAGGAUGCUAGUGUGUGUUAUGGGGCUCUGGGAGGACCUGUGAUGCUGCAGCUGAUGAGGGACACCACAGGAUAUACACUGUACUUUAGGAAUGAAAAAGGCUACAAUGUUUUUGAUAUUAGUAGUAGGGGAAGAGUGGUUACCGCCAGCUGGUUCCCCCAGGGGAGGUGGCAGGUUGUAGGUGGUAUCGGGACCCUGAUCAUCAACCCUGCAGAGAGGAACGACUCAGGAACAUACACAGUGGAGAUCUACAGGGGGGACACAUGGACAUUAGUGGGGAGGCACACAGUCAACCUGAUGAUUAAAGGGCUAUCUGAGUCUGUGUGUGAUGCUACUCAGGAUGCUAGUGUGUGUUAUGGGGCUCUGGGAGGACCUGUGAUGCUGCAGCUGAUGAGGAACACCACAGGAUAUACACUGGAGCUUAGGAAUGAAGAAGGCUACAAUGUUUUUGAUAUUAGUAGUAGGGGAAGAGUGGUUACCGCCAGCUGGUUCCCCCAGGGGAGGUGGCAGGUUGUAGGUGGUAUCGGGACCCUGAUCAUCAACCCUGCAGAGAGGAACGACUCAGGAACAUACACAGUGGAGAUCUACAGGGGGGGCACAUGGACAUUAGUGGGGAGGCACACAGUCAACCUGAUGAUUAAAGCCACUCCAUUACCAUUGACAGCGCUCACCACCACCCUGAAACCCACCCUGGCAACCACCCCGGCAACCACCCUGAAACCCACCCUGGCAACCACCCCGGCAACCACCCUGGAAACCACCCCGGCAACCACCCCGGCAACCAACCUGGCAACCAACCCAUCAACCACCCCGGCAACCACCCUGGCAUCCACCCUGGCAACCACCAACCAAUCAGGACCUUCAGAUGAGGCUUCUCUCUGGAGGCUGUCUGAGUCUGUGUGUGAUGCUACUCAGGAUGCUAGUGUGUGUUAUGGGGCUCUGGGAGGACCUGUGAUGCUGCAGCUGAUGAGGAACACCACAGGAUAUAUGCUGGACUUUAGUAAUGAAAAAGGCCACGAUGUUUUUAUUAUUAGUAGUAGGGGAACAGUGAGGCCCUACAGCCCGUUCCCCCGUUGGAGGUGGCAGGUUGUAGCUGCUAUCGGGACCUUGAUCAUCAACCCUGCAGAGAGGAGCGACUCAGGAACAUACACAGUGAGGAUCCGCAGGGGGGACACAGGGGCAUAUGUGGGGGAGCACACAGUCAACCUGAUGAUUAAAGGUGAGAACCAGGAAGUGGAGCUGAGUCCCGCCUCCAUGAGCCGCAGCAGGAGGAGGAGGAGGGGCCUUGAGGAGGGGGAGGGGCCAAGUGGAGACAAUGACAGAGAAUCUGUAAUCUAUGAUGAUGUGUGA